CUAUCCGAAGACGAAGACUGUCGCAUAGCAUGAGGUCCGCAGUUUAAAGGCUAGCAACUCGAAUUAGGGUUUUCUCUUUCUCCCUUUCUGUAACUGCCGGCGCCGCAAGCUACGAUCCCCCCCACUUUCCGUCUGUCGUCGUCGCUUUUCGUCACAGCAGAGGAUCCUCUUCGCAACGCCAUCAUGGGGAAGACUCGUGGAAUGGGAGCUGGUCGCAAGUUGAAAUCCCACCGCAGAAGACAGAGGUGGGCUGAUAAAUCCUACAAGAAAUCCAAUCUGGGCAACGAAUGGAAGAAGCCUUUUGCUGGCUCAUCUCAUGCUAAGGGCAUCGUUCUGGAGAAGAUUGGGAUUGAGGCCAAGCAGCCUAACUCUGCCAUUAGGAAAUGCGCCAGAGUUCAGCUAAUCAAGAACGGCAAGAAGAUUGCCGCUUUUGUGCCCAAUGAUGGUUGCUUAAACUACAUUGAGGAGAAUGUAAGCAGCAGCUGUAGUUUAUUUAACCAGUUCUUGUGUUGUGAUUAUGAAUCCAAGUUCAUUUCUCCACCUAAUUGCGAUUUGCUUGAUCACAUUGCCAGGAUGAGGUUCUGAUUGCUGGGUUCGGUAGGAAGGGGCACGCUGUCGGAGAUAUCCCCGGGGUGAGGUUUAAGGUUGUCAAAGUGUCUGGUGUGUCUCUUUUGGCUCUCUUCAAGGAGAAGAAGGAGAAGCCACGAUCUUAACUUCUUGAAAUAACUCUUGCGAAAUUUACUCUAGUACUUAGACCCAGAUGCUUGUAAUGAGUGAGUUUCUACUGCAGAUCUCAUUUCUGCAGUGUAGAGUGGAAAACACCUGUUUCACCAGAAACUGUCAUCCUAGUUUACUUAUAAACCAAAGAUCUACAGUAUGCCUUUGUAGUAAUCGACCUUCAGCUUUGUGUUUUAAUGGCUUCUUCAAACAAAGUUUUCUUAUGUAGUAAUCAACCUACAGAGGAACUCAUCCUUAUCGUUACGUAGCUACGCAUAAUGUAUCCAUACUGUUACAUCUUAUCUUGAUUCUUGGGCAUGCUUUUUUGUACAUGGGAUGUGGUUUAGAUCAGGUAAUACCAACAUUUCCCAUAUCCAAACUAAU